AUGGAUCCGACACUGAAUCAUCAGGGGUCAAGUUCUGUGUCUGUAACAGAAACUCACAGAAAACCUAGAAUGACAAACCAGUUGAAGUUUCUUGAAAAAGUUGUUCUCAAAUGUUUAUGGAAACAUAACUUUGCUUGGCCUUUUCACCAGCCUGUGGAUGCGAAAAAAUUAAAUUUACCCGACUACUACAAAAUAAUCAAACAACCAAUCGACAUGGGAACUAUUAAGAAGAGACUUGAAACUCGGUUCUACUACACAGCUCAAGAUUGCAUCAAAGAUUUCAACCUGAUGUUCAGUAACUGUUACACUUACAAUAAACCUGGGGAGGAUAUAGUGAUAAUGUGUCAAACUCUUGAGAAGUUGUUCCACAGCAAGUUGAACGAAAUGCCUGCCGAGGUAAGUUCUUUGCUUGCACAUCUACCAGCAUUGUCCCACAUGAAGAAAGGGGUGAAAAGGAAAGCAGACACGACGACUCCAACUUCAUCAGGCAUUGGCGGUGGUGGCAUCAUCAACAUUGAAAUGUCCCCUCUUAGUUACUGCAAAGAGAUCCUUAAGGAACUUUUCGGCAAACGACACGCUGGAUAUGCCUGGCCAUUCUAUCAACCAGUUGACGCAGAGUUGUUAGGAUUGGAUGAUUAUCAUGAACUCAUUGAAAUGCCCAUGGACCUUGGAACUGUCAAGCGCAAGAUUGAAUCGAACGAGUACAAGACUGCCUCUGAGUUUGCAAAUGAUGUGCGUCUCAUCUUCACCAACUGCUACAGGUACAAUGCUCACGGAAGUGAUGUCGUUGCAAUGGCAAGGAAGCUGCAAGAUGUGUUUGAGUUGAAGUACGCACAUACUCCUUCUUCGAAACCAUCUUCUUCAGCGACGUCUGCCUCUGCAGCGACCUCACAGGGCAACCAAUCACGUUUGGACCACGCUGCAAAGGCUUCAGAGAAGAAGAAGCAGAAGAAAAGAGAGGACAAGUGUCCAACACUGCCCACGGCAACUUUUGAUAGUGAUGACGAGGACAACCAGAAGCCAAUGUCAUAUGAAGAAAAGAGACAAUUAUCUCUUGACAUCAACAAGUUGCCUGGUGAUAGACUUGGAAAAGUGGUGCACAUCAUCCAGUCUCGAGAGCCAAGUUUGAAAGAUUCCAAUCCGGACGAGAUUGAAAUUGACUUUGAGACCUUGAAGCCGUCGACACUGAGGGAGCUGGAGGUCUAUGUAUCGUCGUGCCUCAAACGAACCAAUAAUCCUUACGGUUAG